AUGCUACAUCUUGCCCAGCGGUCCGCCUACAAGACCAUCAUCUCCCACGUUGACGGCUUCUUAGAUGACCCGCUGACUCGUCGGCCUGACAUCGACUGGUCCCAGAAGAUCAGCAAGCUCAGGGUCGACUACACUGGUGAGGAGCAGGGCGAGGCCUUGCCCAUCAAGCUGGCGGAGCUCAUACCAGGCCUACCCGACAAACAGCAUGCCGCGCAGCUCCAGACGGAGGAGUUCGUUGACGAGCACAUCUUGGAGUGGCUUAUGAACCCUGAAGUUGCCACGCUGCCUGUUGCGGAGUGGCCGCUGGACCCUCCUCGCGCCCGAGUCAAUUGCGAGAGGCUCGAGGACUGGCACGAGGUCGCGGAGCACUUGAUUGGCCUCGGCAUUUUGGGCGUGGUCGACGAGGCGGACAUCUUUGCGCCGCGGGGCCAGAAGGUCUUCAACGGCCUGUUCGCUCGCGAGAAGAAGGGCAAGCCACUCGAGGGCCAGUCGAGAUGCACGCGCCUCAUCUUCAACAUGAUACCCUCCAACGCCUACCUCCGCAACAUCGUUGAGGACACGUCGACUUUGGCGGCCUCCACUUCAUGGACCAGCCUCCACUUGCCAGCAGUAUGUGUCAUGGUGUGGAGCAGCGACGACCAGAAGGGCGCCUUCUAUGUGUGGAAGUUGCCGCCAGCCUGGCAUGGCAGAAUGGCCGUCUCGGUGCCCGUGCCAGCGAGCGCUGCUGGGUUGCAUGGAGACCACCUAGUCUACGUGGCGUUCCGCGUCAUCCCCAUGGGAGCGGAGUGGAGGCGCGAUCAGCCUUGGCCGCUGGCGAGGCAGCAUCUUCACGCGUGGUGGCAGGUCUACAUCGAUGACUUUGAUGCGCCCGAGGUCCUGGAGGCGGCAGAGGCGUAUCGAGUCGCGGGCACCCCAGGCGAGAUGCAACUCGCCAUGCGGCGCCGCGCCUACACCCAGGCAGAGGUCGCCUACGCGGAGGAGAAAAGCCACGCACGGCAGUUGCAGCUCGAGAGGAUGGGAGCGUCCAUCGACGGCUGCGCGGGUACGAUCAGGGCCCCUGCCGACAAGGGGAUCGAGCUGGUCCGCUACAUUCUGUACGCCCUGGGCCGCGAGUACUGCCCGUGGCUGCUUAUGCUCACGUUGCUGGGCCGCGCCGUUCGGGCCCUGGAGUUCAGGCGGCCGCUGCUGAGCUGUCUCAACUCGGUCUGGGAGUUCUCCACCAGGACGAGAGGCGGACGCAUCAACAUGGGCAUGAGCCAGGAGCUGCUUGUGUGCAUCGGGUACCUGCCUAUCGCGUGCACCGACCUUAGGGCGGCGCUGUCGCCAGUCGCCACCGUCUCGGAUGCCUCGGAGGCUGGAGGUGGAGUGUGCGCUUCCACUGGCCUCACGCCCUUGGCAGUCCAGCAGCUCAGGGCCGCCCGCCAGGGAGCUAGGCCGGUGCUGGGGCCAGGCCGCAGCGACCUGCAGCCCGCACGCAGCUCCCCGUCGCUGCCAGGGGGGCGGCCGCGGCCCAGGGUGCUCAUCGUGAGCCUCUUCGACGGCAUCGCCGCGCUGGCUGUGGCAGUGUCCAGGCUGCCAGUCGACAUCAUCGGCAUGGUGUGCAGCGAGGUUGACAAGCCUGCUAGACGAGUCGUGCGACUCCGAUGGCCUGGAACCGCCGAUUGGGGCGACAUCCGAUCGAUCUCCGAGAAGGACGUCGUUAAGCUAGCUGACACCUACUACGGCCUGUGCGACGUCUGCGUCUGUGGAGCGGGCAGUCCUUGUCAGGACCUCAGCGCAGUCAAUUUGUCGCGGGCGGGCCUGGCUGGCCCCAGUUCGAAGCUCUUCUAUGAGAUCCCGAGGGUCCACGGUCUCCUUCGUAAGCACUUCAAGGAGAAGCUAGCCACCUUUGUUGAGAAUGUUGCCUCGAUGAGUCCGCAAGUGAGAGAUGCUAUCACGAAGGAGAGAGAGGCCCUGCUGGGAUUCGACAAGCAUUACACAAGGGUUGCCCACAAGGACCCUGAGGCCCAAGGACUUCUUGCUCGCGAGCUACCUGCUGAAGCUCUGUUCGCGCGGGGGGCGUGCCCGCUGGCCUGGGGCGAGGUCGGCGCCUACACGAAGGGCGCAGCCGAGUACGACAAGAAGCUGGCCUCAGAGUUCACAGGCCUCUACCCCAUCAUCGGGUACAUCACGACCGAGGACAACCCCGCCGACGCGCCCUCCAGACGCCAGUGGAAGGCGAGGAAGGCACACUCAGCGAAGCGUGGUACUCGGUUGAAGCUGCUCCGAGUCACCUCCACCACGCUCCACCGCUACAGAGCAGCAGCCAAGCGCGUCCUCGAUUUUUGGGAUGCCGUAGGCCUCAUGCCCUCAGGACCGCUGGACACCGACGAGGGCAUCGCCGAGUACAUAGAGAUGCUCUGGAGCGAAGGCCAGCCUGUUAGCCUUGCCAACUAUGCGGUCGCUGCGAUAGGCUUCUUCUUCCCCUCAGUCAAACAGAGCUUGGGGUUGUCAUGGAGUCUGCUCAAAGCUUGGAGGCGAUGCGAACCACCUGUUCGCGCCUUGCCGUUCACGCCAGAGCUCAUUCUGGGGAUGGCCGCCCUCGCCAUCGAGUGCGAAGCUGUGGAUAUCGGCACCCUCCUAGCAUUGGGUUUCGCAGGUCUGCUGCGCACCACGGAGCUGUUCACAUUGUCCAAGCAGCAAGUCGCGAUUAUCAAUGACAGAGUGAUUGUCCGCUUGCCUGAGACCAAAACAGGGUACCGCAAAGCCACUACCGAGAUGGUCGUUGUCGACUGCCCCACCGCCGUAGAUCUAGUCAAGCGCUGGUAUGCACACGCAGCGCCUCCGGACACGAUCAGCACACGGUCGCCAGCGCAGCUUCGCAGUUGCCUGAAGAAGCUGCUGGCAUUCUUUCACCUGGAGGAUUUCCGCUUCUCCUGGUACUCAUGCCGUCGUGGUGGUGCCACGUACGACUUCAUGUCGCAUCAAAGUGUGGAGACAACGAUAAUGAGGGGCAGAUGGGGUUCAGCGACGACCGCAAAGAUUUACAUCGAGCAGGCGGUUGCAGACAUAGUCCAG